UAUUAGUCAUUAGUACGGAACUCAGUUUAAUCACAGCCUGAGCUCAAAAGUCGAGUUAGACAAGUUUGGUACAGUUAAACUUGAGGCAAAGUGAAGCGAUGCUGGCGAAGACAUUUCUUCAGAGAAAUGUCCUUGUUUCGAGGUGUCUCUCUUCAGUUACUUCAAGUACACUUAAAGUUGGAGAUGUUUUAAGAGAAGCAAGAGUGUACUCAAGUGAAGACGUUAAGAGCUAUGCUGAGGUAAGCCAUGAUUGGAACCCACUUCAUUUCGAUCAAGAACUUGCCCGUAAAGCCGGUUUCGAGAAUCGCCUUGUCCAUGGAAUGCUUGUGUCUUCCAUGUUUCCCCGUAUUAUCUCUUCCCAUUUUCCUGGAGCCGUAUAUGUAUCUCAGACUCUACAUUUCAGAUCACCUGUGUACGUAGGGGAUGAAAUUCUCGGUUUGGUACAAGCCACAGCUUUAAGAGAAACCAAGAAUAAGUACAUUGUCAAAUUCUCAACAAAAUGCAUCAAGAAUCACAGUGAACUUGUUGUUCUUGAUGGUGAAGCUACUGCAGUCUUACCAAGCCUCGAGUUGCUACAACCUAGUUCUUCAGAACGAUAGAAAACAGAUCUUUCAAGGUAGCAAGUUUUUUUGAAUUUUUUUUUUUGUUUUCUCAGUUUCAACAUCCUUUUGAUAAUUUUCAUAGUUGUUAAGGAUUCUUUGCCGUGAUAUAUUGUUUUGAAUUUUGAUAUUCAAAAUUUUUUUAAUAUUAAAAUUUAAACUUAAACCGA